UUCGCAGGCAGAAUUCAAAUUGGGAACAUACAAAAAGCAAAAACAAAUUUUUAGACACAAAACUAAAAACCAAAAAAUUAGCGAAUUUUCAGUUGGGUUCUUUGAUUCAUUUUCGCCAGUUUACAAUUUACAAAUUUAGUUCAAAUUGCCUAGUCCAGGGGCCAAAGAGCAUUAGAAAUUCCGUUUGGAGAUGUCGCUGGCCAAGCUGAAUUGCCAGAGCUGGAGCCGUUGCUGGCUGCAGGGACGCAUGAUGCUGCGUGGAUUUGCGGACUAUGGCAAGACCAUAUCCAAUCUGAAGAUUAACAAGGAGACAAAGGUGCUGGUGCAGGGAUUCACAGGCAAGCAGGCAACGUUUCAUUCGAAGGAGGCGCUGGCCUAUGGCACUUGCGUUGUGGGUGGCGUGUCGCCCAAUAAAGGCGGCACCACCCAUCUGGAGAAGCCCGUGUUCAAGACAGUGGCCGAGGCAGUCAAGGAGGUAAAGCCGGAUGCCACAGUAAUCUUCAUUCCGCCGCCAAGUGCCGCCGAGGGCAUUUGCUCGGCCAUUGAGAAUGAGAUUGGAUUGAUUGUGGCCAUUACCGAGGGCAUACCACAGGUGGACAUGGUGCGCAUCUCGCAAAUGCUGCGCGCCCAGGACAAGUGCCGCCUGCUCGGACCCAACUGUCCUGGCAUUAUCUCGCCGGAUCAGUGCAAGAUUGGCAUUAUGCCGGGCAAUAUUCAUAAGCGCGGCAUUGUUGGCAUUGUCUCGCGCUCGGGCACACUCACCUAUGAGGCAGUGCACCAGACCACUGCUGUGGGUCUGGGACAGACGCUGUGCGUCGGCCUGGGCGGCGAUCCGUUCAACGGCACCAACUUCAUUGAUGCACUCAAGGUCUUUCUGCCCGACAAGGAGACCAAGGGCAUUAUACUGAUCGGUGAGAUUGGCGGCUCGGCCGAGGAGGAUGCAGCCGAUUAUCUCAAGGAGCACAACACGGGCUGCGAGGCCAAGCCAGUGGUCGCCUUCAUUGCCGGCAUGACUGCACCUCCAGGCAGGCGUAUGGGUCAUGCUGGCGCCAUCAUCGCCGGCGGCAAAGGCGCUGCCACCGACAAGGUGAAAGCUCUGGAGGCCGCCGGCGUUGUCGUCGCCAGCAAUCCCACACACAUGGGCAAGCUGCUGCACAAGGAGAUGGUCAAACGCAAACUGGUGCCUGGCAAGUAAUUCUGGGAGUGCGCUGGGGAGAGAGAGUAUAAACAAUUGUUAAGCAUUCACGAUUCUGCUAAAUUUUGGACUAUAUGCUUGUUUUCGAAAAAUAGAAUUAAAACCAUAAUGUUUAUACAGAGUAUA